UGCUCGUAUGACGACACAUCAACACAAUAACAUUUGACGUUGGUGUUGUGGACUUUGCUUCAGAAUAACACUAUUGGAAAUGAGAGAAUAAAACGACCAAAAGAUGAAUACGGCUCUGAGACACUGGAAGGAGGCCGCGACGGUCAUACUAGCUGCUGGUACGAGACAUAAACUCCCUGUAGAUAGUUUGACAAGGUGUGUCGAUAAAGGAACCGGUGCACCUGCUAUCAGUGGGCACUCCAGCUUGCCUGACAGGUCAGCCUUCGACUAUGAAGUGUUGUUGUUGAAACGAAGCGGUACGAGUGGUUUCAUGCCGAAUGCUUAUGUCUUUCCCGGCGGUCUGGUGGAUCCGUCAGAUUUCUCAAGCGAAUGGCUUGAUCUUUUUCAAUCUUUUCGGCGCUCACCGAAUUUUGGACUGGGAUUUGUGAAACAGCCGCCGGAGACGAGACCUCCCAUCUUCGCCACUGACAGGAAGAAACUGGGUUCUCCCGUUCCAGGUGACGUCGCAUUGAGAAUCUGUGCAGUGAGGGAAACGUUCGAGGAGUCCGGUGUACUUCUAGUCGUGUCAAAAGAGGAAGAGGGUACUUUAUUUAACAGCAUCGAGAACAACCGAUACAGUCAACCCGAAUUAACCCGAAUAACUGAUCUCCGUGACAAGAGUGAAUUGGCUAAAUGGAGAGUGCAGGUAAACGAGAACCCUUCUAACUUCAUCAGAAUGUGUAGGGAGCUGGAGUGUCUACCGAACAUCUGGGCUCUGCAUGAAUGGGGCAACUGGCUGACCCCCACUGGUGUGUACGCGAAACAGAGGAGGUAUGACACGGCCUUCUACAUGUGCUGCUUGCAAGAAACACCACCUCACACCCUACAAGACGAGAAGGAAAUUGUGCACUUUAAGUGGUCCACUCCCCCAGAGAUCCUCCACAGUUACCAGGCCAGAGAGAUGUGGAUAGCCCCUCCACAGUUCUAUGAUCUCAGCCGAAUGUGCAGGUUCCCCUCCCUGCAGAACCUCCACAGCUUCUCCAGACAGAGAGCUUCAGAGGGCUGUGAACAGUGGCUCCCUGUCCGCAUGGUGUCAGACAGCUACUACAUAUCACUCCUCCCAGGUGACGAGAUGUACCCAGAGUGA